AUGUCGGCCGCAAAAGCUACCUUGGAUGCGCUGGACCCCAGCAACAGCUCCAAGAACACGCUGAAGAUUGAAAAUACCGACAAGCGUGACACUCUCGUCGCCGCCGAGAAGAAAUACCAGCAGAUAUGGCAAGACACCAAGGUCUUCGAGGCCAACGCCCCUUCGACCGCCGAGGUGCCCUACGGCUCCAUCGCUGCCGACGAGCUGCGCGCCCAGCAGCCCAAGUUCAUGGGUACCAUGGCCUACCCGUACAUGAACGGUGUCCUCCACGCCGGCCACUCCUUCACGGCCUCCAAGAUUGAGUUCGCCGCCGGUUUCGCCAGGAUGGAGGGCAAACGAACCCUGUUUCCCCAGGGCUACCACUGCACCGGCAUGCCCAUCAAGGCGUGUGCCGACAAGUUGGUGCGCGAGAUUGAGAUGUUUGGCAACAACUUUGAGGGCUGCAAGGAGGACGAUGUCGCCGAGGCCGGAAAGCCCGACGACGUGCCCGCUCCGACCCAGGAGACCACCAAGUCCGAUGUCACCAAGUUCAAGGCCACGAAGGGCAAGGCCGCCGCCAAGACGGUCAAGACCAAGUACCAGUUCCAGAUCAUGCUUGCUCUCGGCAUCCCCCAGGACGAGAUCCACAAGUUUGCCGACCCGAACUACUGGCUGCAGUACUUCCCGCCGGAGUGCAAGAAGGACCUCAUCUCUUUCGGCGCUCGCGUUGACUGGAGGCGCUCCAUGGUCACCACCGACGCCAACCCCUACUACGACGCCUUUGUUAGGUGGCAGAUGAACCGCCUGAAGGGUCUGGGUAAGAUCAAGUUCGGCAAGCGUUACACUGUCUACUCGCCCAAGGAUGGUCAGGCCUGCCUUGACCAUGACCGGAGCUCUGGGGAGGGUGUCACCGUUCAGGAAUACACCGCGUUGAAGAUGAAGGUCCUGGAAUGGCCCGAGAAGGCUAAGGAGCUCAUCGGCGACAAGCUUCCCGCUGGUGCCAACGUCUAUUUCGUUCCGGCUACCCUUCGUCCUGAGACCAUGUACGGCCAGACGUGCUGCUUCGUCGGUCCCAAGGUGCAGUACGGCAUCUUCAAGGCUAACGAAAACGAUUACUACUUCGUGUCCGACCGUGCGGCUCGCAACAUGUCCUUCCAGAACAUCUUUGCCGAGUGGGGUGUUUUCCCCAAGGUCGUCGACCUCCAUGGUUCGGACGUGGUCGGCACCCUCGUCGACGCGCCGCUCUCCGUGCACAAGGACGGCAUCCGCAUCCUUCCCAUGGAGACGGUCAAGCCCACCAAGGGUACCGGUGUCGUCACUUGCGUGCCCUCUGACAGCCCUGACGACUACGCCACUACCCUGGAUCUGAUCAAGAAGGCCGAUUACUACGGCAUUAAGAAGGAGUGGGCCGAGUUGGAGAUCAUCCCCAUCAUCAAGACUCCCAGCUACGGCGACCUUACCGCCAAGUUCCUUGUUGAGAAGCUCAAGAUCAACUCACCAAAAGACGCGAAGCUUCUCGCUGACGCCAAGGAACUGGCCUACAAGGAGGGCUUCUACCAGGGCACCAUGGUCCACGGCGAGCAUGCCGGCAAGUCCGUCCAGGUUGCCAAGCCGCUGGUCCGCCAGGCCCUGCUCGACGCUGGCCUUGCUUUCGCUUACGGCGAGCCGGACGGACAGGUCAUGUCUCGUUCGGGUGACGAGUGCGUUGCCGCCUACCUCGACCAGUGGUUCUUCAACUACGGUACUACUGAGAACGGCGGUGACGGUGAGUGGUGCGAUACCGUUCUCAAGCAUCUCGAGGGCAGCAUGAACACCUUCUACCCCGAGGCGCAGCACGCCUUCAAGAUGACGCUUGGCUGGUUGUCGCAGUGGGCCUGCUCCAGGUCCUACGGUCUUGGUACCAAGCUUCCUUGGGACCCCUCGCAGCUGGUUGAGUCUCUGUCUGACUCCACUGUCUACAUGAGCUACUACACCAUCGCCCACUACCUCCACGGCGACAUCUUCGGCAAGACGCCUGGUAUUUCCAGCAAGCCUAUUGCUCCCGAGCAGAUGACCGACGAGGUUUGGGACUACCUUUUCUGCCGCACCGAGACCAUCGACACCGACAUUCCUAAGGCGGACCUUGACUCUAUGCGUAGGGAGUUUGAGUACUGGUACCCUCUGGACCUCAGAGUGUCCGGCAAGGAUCUGAUCCAGAACCACCUGACCUUCUGUCUUUACAUCCACACCGCCCUCUUCCCCAAGCAAUACUGGCCGCAGGGCUUCCGUGUGAACGGCCAUCUGAUGCUGAACGGCGAGAAGAUGUCCAAGAGCACGGGUAACUUCCUGACCCUCGGCGAGGCGGUCAAGAAGUUUGGUGCCGACGCGACCCGUGUCGCCCUUGCCGAUGCCGGUGACGGAAUCGAGGACGCCAACUUCGAGGAGACUGUUGCCAACAGCAGUAUUCUUAAGUUGUUCGAGCUGAGGAAGUGGUGCGAGGAGAUGGUCACCGACGCGCACCUUGUCGACUCGGAAGAAAAGUACAGGGAGAUUCGUGAGAGCGGCAAGGCCAAGAACCCCGACACCAUCCAACGUACCGGCGAGAAGUUGCUGUGGGACCGUAUGUUUGAGAACGAGCUCAACAACCUGGUCCUGGAGACCAAGCAGCACUAUGAGGAUACUUUCUACAAGCUCGCCCUCAAGUCUGGUUUCUUCGACUUCACUGGUGCUCGCGACUUCUACCGUGAAGUCACGAAGGCGGCUGGCAUCGGUAUGCACGCCGACCUUGCCAAGCGCUACAUCGAGUUGCAAGCUCUCCUUCUCACGCCCGUCGCCCCUCACUGGUCCGAGUACGUCUGGCUCGAGGUCCUCAAGAAGCCUACGACCAUCCAGACCGCGCUGUACCCGUCUGUCCCCACGCCCGACGCGGCCCUUACCGCGGCUCGCGAGUACGUCCGUAACACGACGUCCAACAUCACUUCGGCCGAGGGUCAGCAGGUCAAGAAGCUGGCCAAGGGCAAGAACGUCCAGUUCGACCCGAAGAAGGACAAGAAGCUGACCAUCUUCGCCGCGACCUCGUUCCCCUCGUGGCAAGACCGCUACCUUGAGCUGGUGCGCGUCAAGUUCAGCGAGAUGGGCGUCGUCGAUACCAAGGCUUUGACUAAGGAGAUUGAAAAGGCCGAUAUGAAGAAGGCCAUGCCCUUCGUCCAGGGUUUGAAGAAGAGGCUCGACACGGGCGAGAAGCCGGACGAGGUCUUUGACCGCAAGCUGCCGUUCAGCGAGCUCGACACUCUGUGCGAAAUGGUGGCCGGUCUGAAGCAGACGGUGCCCAAGCUCAAGGUCGUCGAGAUCGUGAGCGUGUCCGAGGGCGGCAAGGCUGGUACCGUGGUUGGCGGCGAGAACAAGGACGAGAAGCGCGAGAGCAUUCCCCAGGUCGCUGAGCAGGCGGUGCCGGGCCAGCCCACGUUCUUCUUUGAGAACUUGUAG